AUGGCUUCCAUAUGGGGCCACAAAAAUGACUAUGCAGGCCACUCGCGUCAAGGUCCUGAGCGCGAGGAUGACCAGAAUGCGGGUGACCCAACACCUCACCCAACUGAGCGCACAAGAUUGCUACCACCGGAGAACGUUCAGGGGUAUCUGAGCCCUGACGAUCCAGCUGUAUCACCUUAUAAUAUAUGGAGCGUGCGCGCUUUGCGUGCCGUGUCCCUUCUAGGUUUGGCCAUCAGCUUUGUAUGGUGGACAUUUCUGUUAGUGUCCAUCUUCGUUAGCCCGCCGUUGAUGCACACUCGUGGCUCGGGAUUUUUCGCAUUUUCAUACGUCACUCUCGCAACUGGAUACUUGAUGCUCGGCCUGCUUUUCUUCGCAGUACCUUCCAAGCCAAUGACCAUAUGGGGAAGCGUUCUGACCGUAUUACUUCUGGUGAAUAUGAUAGUAAUUCUGGCAGUGCCACGAAUUCGACUUGAAGAAGGAUGGGUGGGUAUUGCAUCCGUUGCCUGGGCAUCUCUUAUUUCCCUGUAUCAAGUCAUCCAGAACCGAGCUGUGGCUUGGGGCAAACGGGAAGAGGAAGAGAGACUCACCGGCCGUGAAGAGACCCGCCGUUCCCUGCGGGAGUGGCUGGCUGUGCUGGUCGAGAUGGUCGUCCUGGUUGUCAUGACCAUCGCCACGGUCUUGUUCACUGCAACAUUGACUCUUCGUUCCCGUGAUGUAUCACUUGAGCCUGCUGGUCAGCGUUAUUCCGUUCAUGGUGACGCAUACCAAGUUCAUCUGGCAUGUGUGGGAAACCAUACUGCAGAAAGUGCCGAUGAACCUACCAUAUUACUCGAGGGUGACUAUGGACCGGUGGAACACGGAUUGCAACCGUUCAUUGACGAUGCAUACCGUCAUGGGGCUAUAAGUCGAUAUUGCUACUGGGAUCGACCAGGGCUAGGCUGGUCAGACAAUGCUCCAUCGCCACAUUCAGCAGGCAUGGCUGUAGAUGCCCUCUCUGAGGCCUUGGCUUUGGCAGAUGAGUCUGGCCCAUGGGUUGUUGUCUCUGCUGGAGUCGGCAGUUUAUAUUCUCGACUCUUUGCAAGCCGCCGUCUUCUUGAAGUGAGCGGUAUUUUCCUGAUCGAUCCCCUGCACGAAGCCUACUUAGAUGACCUUGGAAAGCCAAGUCGAGGCUUUUUCCUGUGGCUUCGCGGUGUGGUCUCUCCACUAGGGCUUGAUCGUCUGGCGGGCGCUCUGCUGCGUGGCCGCACCCGCGAGGAUCGGGUAAUCGGGCGGUCGGCCUACCAAUCCGGCAAAUUUAUCAAGGCCAAGCUGCAAGAAAGUCUAGUUGCAGUCUCGAUGACAGCAGCGGAAGUACAGUCUGCUCGCCAUAUCCAAAUGGGGACCACGCCAUUGGUGGUGGUGAGCUCUGGCCUUGAGGUUCGCGGUAAUAAAGAGUGGGCAGAGCGCCAAGAGGAUCUUUCUCAUAUCACGAUGAGGCUCCUCUCCUGGGAUGUUGUUCAUGACGCUCCGCAUGAGAUAUGGGCGGAUGCGGAAGGGCGGAACGUCCUGGAACAGCGGCUGCGGGAUAUUGUGAAGGAAAGCAAGAAACCCCAGCCCUAG